AUGGCUAUACCAAAUUUUCCUGAUAGUUUUUGUACAUCAUUAUCAGACAAUGAAAACUUUGAAACAACAACUCUUAUUUGGCUUGGUAAUAUAUUAACUGAACUACAGGAAAAUAGACAAAUUCAACGAGAACUUCGAUCGAUUAUAAAUCAUAUAAGAAUCUUUGAUAGUAUUGAAGAAUGUAAAAAUUAUAUUCAACAUUUAUCCAGAGAUGAUCGAGUAGUUUUGAUUACAAAUGGUAGAUUGGGUAAAGAAUUUGUACCAUGCAUUCAUCAUUUUCGACAAAUGACUUCAAUUUAUAUAUUUUGUAUGGAUAAAAAGAAAAAUGAAAUGUGGCCUAACGCAUUUAUCAAGAUUAAAGGUGUAUUUAUCAGUUUGGAUGAAUUGGUUAAAAAGCUGAAAUGUGAUCAAGAGAGACAAAUGCAUGGUAAAAUCGAUGAGCCACUUUCUAUUAAUGUAUUUACUACACGUCACAAGGCUGAUCAAUCCACAACAGCAUUAAAUCUUAAAUUUGUUCAUCAGAACUUAUUUCUUGAUUCACUUCUUCAAAUAAAACCUACAAUAAAAGAUACAGAUGAAUUCAUUUCUCGAUGUUUAGAAUUAUAUAAAGACAAUCCUUCACAAUUAUCCAUUAUAUAUGAAUUUCAAGAAACAUAUAGAUCUGAUCAAGCAUUGUGGUGGUAUACACGAGAAACAUUUCUGUAUCGUUUAUUAAAUAAAGCUCUUCGAAUACAAAAUAUUGGUUUACUUUUUGUCUUUCGAUUUUUUAUCUACGAUAUACAAAGGCAACUUGAAAUAGAUCAAUGUUCACAAGCGAUUCGAAUUUAUCGUGGACAAUUAAUGUCACAAGAUGAAAUAAAAGAAUUAGAAAAUUCUAUUGGAGAUCAUAUAUCAAUCAAUUCGUUUUUUUCAACAAGUUUAAAUAAAAAUUAUGUAAUUUUUCUUAUGGGUGAUGUAAAUUCAAUACAUAAUGGUUUACAAAGAGUAUUAUUUGAAAUCGAUGCUAAUCCAAAUCAUAUUGGUAUUAAACCAUUUGCUGAUAUAUCAUCAAGAAGUUAUUUUCCUAAUGAAUGUGAAGUAUUAAUUACGUUAGGAGCUAUAUUUCGUUUAAAUAAUAUUAUUUUAAAUGAAGAAAAUAUUUGGGUUAUUCAUUUAUCGUUAUGUAGUGAUCAAGAUAAUGAUUUAAAAUAUCGAAUUGAUCAAAUAAAAAGACAAUAUAAUGAUCAAGAAAAUAACGUUUUUAGUUUUGGAAGUAUUUUACAUCAAAUGAAAAAAUAUGAUGAUGCAGAAAAAUAUUAUCGACGUUUACUUACAGAAUUUUCAGAUGAUUAUAAACAAACUGGUUUAUGUUAUUACCAUCUUGGUAGAGUUUAUUCAGGUAAAGGAAAUUAUAAAGAUAGUAUUAAAUGGUAUGAAAAAUCACUUAAAAUCAUGAUGGAAACAAUGAGUUCAGAUGAUUUAAAUAUUGCAACAUGUUUUAAUAGUAUUGGUAAUAUUUAUCGAAAAACAGAAGAUUAUAAUCAAGCACUCGAAGCAUAUCAAAAAGCUUUAAAUAUUUGGACACAAGCACUUGGUGAAAAUCAUUUAAAAGUCGCUAUGUGUCUUAUUAAUAUGGGUGUUAUUCAUAAUGAAACAGAAAAUUAUAUUGAUGCACUGAAAUGUCUUGAAAAGGCUUUGAAAAUCAAGCAGAGAUAUCAUGGAAUAAAUCAUUCAGAUGUAGCUGCGUUAUAUAAUAAUAUUGGAUUAGUUCAUGAACAGCUAGAUCAUUUUGAUUUCGCUUUAGAAAACUUCAAACGAGCACUUGAAAUUUAUCGUACGUCGUUUUAUAUACAAAAUAUUGAUUAUGGAUUAACACUUGAAAAUAUUGGUCAUCUCUAUAAAAAUUAUGAGAAAUGGAGACCAGCAUUGAGAUAUUUAGAAGAAGCACAGGUUAUCUAUCAUCAUUUAUUAUCCGCUACAGAUCCUAGAGUUGUUCAAAUUGAACAAGAUAUUCGACAUAUUUCAUCUGUAAUCAAUAAUUAA